AUGGUUGCCAAACAUGUGGAUACUCCUAAUGUAGUCCUUUAUAUUGUUUCUUUCCAAAAUGAUAGAGGUGGGGAUGGGGAAGAUUUGGAAAAUAAUGAAGAGGGAGAUGAUGGAGGUAGGGUUGAUUUAAAUGAUCCAUGGUGGGAUGAUAAAAUCAGUGAUGAUGACGAUGUUUUUGAAGAUUAUCUGGUGGAUAGUGCUGGCCCCUCAAAAAUGCCAGAAACUGAUGAGGGCGUGGAGGGUGAUGGGGAGGAUGGGGAUGGGGAUGGAGAUGGUGGUGAUGGUACUGAGGUUGAGGGUGGGGGUGAGAGUGGGGGUGAGAGUGGGGGUACUUUGGGUGAUGAUGAUGGCCAGAGUAGGCAAUCUAGUAUAAAAAUGUCAUCGUUUGAAGAUGUUGAGGUGGAUGAGAAUGACUCUGAACUUGGUAGAAGUGACAUCCUAUUGUCACCAGUACCUGUCAGUGAUGAAGAGGAUGGUGGGACUUCAUGUGGGACUUCAUCUCACCCUGAUGUGGAGUUCCAUGAAGUUGACAUUGUCAAUCCAAACCUGAAGCUUAGAAUGAAGUUCGCUAACAUUCAACUAUUUAGAGAAGCUGUUAAGCAAUACAAUGUGAGAAGGGGAAAGGACAUAAGGUUUGAGAAAAAUGAAAGAGCCAAGUGUGUAGCUGUGUGUAGAGAUCCAGGUUGUGGUUAUAGAGUGUAUGGUAGACAGAUGGCGACUGAGGCCUCAUUUGAAAUAAGGUCCUUAAGACCUACACAUUCUUGUACUCGAGUAUACAAGAGCUCAAUUGUCAAUUCGAGGUGGAUAGCAGAUAAACUUUAUGAUAAGUUUAAGGUUCAACCAGACAUGCCACUGCGAGUGAUACAAGAUGAAGUCAAGAGAAAAUGGAAUGUUGAAGUCAGCAGGAGUCAAAUGUAUAGGGGUAGGAAGAAGGCAGAAAAGAAGAUAUACGGUUGUCUAGGUGAACAGUAUGGCAGGCUGUGGGAUUACUGUGAGACUUUAAGGCGUACUAACCCGGGUAGCUGUGUAGUGAUGAAGGUUGAAAGACCAAACCCUAAUUUGCCUGCUAAGUUUCAGAGACUCUACUUGUCCCUUGCAGCCAUGAAGAAUGGGUUCUUGGAAGGUUGUAGGCCUGUCAUAGGCCUAGACGGGUGCUUUCUAAAAGGACCUUACAAGGGAAUGCUACUGGCUGCGAUUGGUCGAGAUGCCAACAACAACAUGUACCCAAUUGCAAUCGCCGUUGUAGAAUCUGAGACAAAAGACAGUUGGACCUGGUUCCUGGAGUGCCUUGUUUCAGAUCUUGGUCAUCAUGAGAGGCACACUGCUCCUACAUUCAUUUCUGAUCGGCAAAAGGGUCUUGUGCCAAGUUUUGAUGUUGUUAUGCCAAUGGCGGAUCACCGAAUCUGUGUAAGGCAUUUAUAUGCCAACUUUCGAGAUAAAGGAUUUCGGGGGGUGGCCUUGAAGGAAUUGUUGUGGAAGGCAGCAUCGGCAUAUACUGAGGUCGAGUUCAGAUUUCAGAUGGAAGAGAUGAAGAAAGUCAGUCCUGAUGCCUUUGACUACCUAGACAAGAUUGACCCCAGCGGAUGGUCGAGAGCAUGGUUCAGUGACUAUCCUAAAUGUGACCUCCUUGUCAACAAUAUAUGCGAGUGUUUCAACUCAUACAUCCUGAAGGCACGUGACAAGCCAAUUCUGACGAUGCUUGAGAUGAUUAGGAAGCAGCUCAUGAGAAGGUACCAACUUAAAAGAGAUGGCAUCAACAAAUUGAAGGGCAAGUUGUGCCCUAGAAUUGUUGAGAAGCUUGAGGCCAUUGGUGAGGCUGCAUCGGACUGCCUAUCCCGUUUUGCUGGUGAUGGCAUAUUUGAAGUAGAGCAGGGAAGAAGGCAAUAUGCUGUGGAUUUGAGGAGGAGGACAUGUGGUUGCAGACAGUGGGAGGUGACUGGGAUCCCAUGUGCACAUGCACAUUCUGCCAUAACAUUUCAUGGGCAUAAACCGGAGGAUUAUGUAGAUUCAUGUUAUAGCAUUGAGAUGUACAAGAAGGCUUAUGCUCCCAUCAUAUAUCCAAUGCCUAGUGAGGAACAGUGGGUAAAGACUGCGCAUGAUGUAUUGGAUCCGCCUAGAUCAAGAAAGAUGCCAGGCAGACCUCGAAAGGCCAGGGUGUAA